UUCUGAGGAUAUUGCUAAUGCUAGUGAAUACCUUGCCAAAAUUGAGGAGCGUUUUGCUAAAAACGAAAAGUCCGAGACAAGUACGCUUCUGGCAAACUUGAUCUCAAUGAAGUAUAAGGGCAAGGGCAACAUAAGGGAGUACAUCAUGUAGAUGUCUCAUAUUGCUUCAAACUUGAAGGCGCACAAACUUGAAGUCCCUGAGGACUUACUUGUGCAUUUGGUGUUACUCUCUCUUCCUACACAAUUCAGUCAAUUUAAGGUCAGUUAUAACUGUCAGAAGGAGAAGUGGUCUCUUAAUGAGCUCAUUUCAUACUGUGUACAAGAAGAGGAGAGAUUGAAGCAAGACAGAGUUGAGGUUGCUCAACUGGCUACUAGCUCAAGCAAUAAGGGAAAGGGCUUAAAGAGAAAGCCUAUUGAGAAUGCUGCUGUGGACAAGGGACCAUCACAAAAGAAGCAACAUAAGGAAAGUGGUUGCUACUUCUGUGGGAAGUCUGAUCAUAUGAAGAAGAAUUGUGCCAAGUACACCGCCUGGCGUGCUAAGAAAGGGCUGUCUGAGCUGCCGAAAGCCAACUGAUGGUGAAAGAUACAUCUAUGUGGGAGAUGGCAAGUCGGUGGAAGUAGAAGCUAUUGGGCAUUUUAGAUUGUUGUUAAAGACUGGAAUUUUUCUGGAUUUGAAAGAUACUUUUAUUGUACCGUCAUUUAGACGGAAUUUGGUUUCUAUUUCUGCAUUGGACAAAUUUGGUUUU